AUGUAUUAUUAUUUUUUUGAUGAUAUUGACGCAUUAUGCCCAAAAAGUGAUGAGGCUUGCAAUGAACUAGGAAGUGUAUUGAUGGAUGGUAUUUCCAAUAAGAAAAAUGUCGGGUUGCAAGAUAAAAUAGCAGUCAUUGGUGCAACGAAUCGUCCAAAUGCGUUAGACGAAGCGGUGAGAGGACUUAUCAUGAAAUAG